UUUCGCGCACACACACACAGUCCACCGAGCAAGCGCCAGUUCUCUUCUGCGAUUUUACACAGCAAUGCGUUUCUUGUUUUCUUAGGUAGACAAUUCUUAACGUCAAGCAGAGGAGUGAUCAUUGCAGCGAGUGGUGCACACGGUUAGCGGUACUUAGGCAAACAGGGAUGUACCGGCAGAAGAAGUCAGUUAUAUCAGCAGCAUGCGGACGCCCACUGAUGUGUUUGAUCCUGCUACUUGUCAAUAGUGCACUAACAAUAGUGAAUGGAGACCCCAGGGAACAAGGAGAGAGCCAGGGCCUGACUGUGAUACCAUAUUGGUUGUUUGAAGGAGAAGCCAAACAAGAAGCUGUAUUCCAGACCCGCUUCCCAGCCCGGGGUGAGAUACUGUUGGAGGCCCUAGGCGAAGAACUGCUGUUGCGGGUUGAACGUAAUGAUCAGCUGCUGGGCCCAAAUUUCACAGAGACUCAUUACGAAGACGGGGUGCCUGUCACCCUAAUCCCUGAUUACAAGGAUCACUGCUACUAUCACGGGCACGUCACUGGACACUCUGACUCCUGGGUCACCCUCAGUACGUGCUCUGGAUUCAAGGGCCUGAUUGUGCUGAAUGCCAACAACAGUUACUACCUUGAGCCCGUUAAUGGGUUGGAAUCACCUCAUCACAAGAUGUACAGGACCGAACAUCUGAGAAUCCAAGGGGGAACAUGUGGACAUGGGCAUCAGACGGAGCAUCCUGGCCAUUUCUCUGCUUUCCUCCAGCCUUUGCAUCGAAGGAUGAGAAGAAACACUCGGGGCUCUACUAAAUAUAUGGAGCUUUACAUUGUGGCAGAUCAUACAUUGUUCAAAAGACAAAAUGACCUUCGAAUAACCAAACAAAGAAUUUUAGAAGUUGCCAAUUAUGUGGAUAAGUUCUAUAGGGCUCUGAACAUCCGAGUGCCCCUCAUUGGGCUGGAGGUGUGGACAGAGCGGGACCACUGCAUAGUUACAAAUGACCCCAACAAGACACUCUGGUCCUUCCUGCAGUGGAGGCAAAAGCUCAAGUCCCGCAAGAAGCAUGACAAUGCCCAGCUGCUCACGGGUGUGAUCUUCACGGGGACCACCAUCGGCAUGGCGCCACUGGAGGGCAUGUGCUCCCCGGAGAACUCAGGGGGAAUCAAUGUGGACCACUCAGACUUGCCCAUCGGGGCAGCUGCCACCAUGGCUCAUGAGAUCGGCCACAACUUUGGCAUGAGCCAUGACAACGAGGGCUGCUGUGUGGAAGUGACGGCCAAGCAGGGAGGGUGUAUGAUGAAUGCAGCCACUGGCCACCCCUUCCCACGUGUCUUCAGUCAGUGCAGCAAAAGGGACCUGGACAGCUAUUUCCAGAAGGGGGGCGGCAUGUGCCUCUUCAAUAUGCCUAACGUGAAGGAGCUCGUGGAGGGCAUGCGCUGCGGGAACGGCUUUGUGGAGUCGGGGGAGGAAUGUGACUGUGGGGAGCCAGAAGAAUGCACCAAUGCCUGCUGCAAUGCUAAAAAUUGCACUCUGAAAGCAGGGGUCCAGUGCGCCCAUGGGGUCUGCUGUGAAAACUGCAAGCUGAAGCUGGGGGGCAGCCUGUGUCGGGCCGCAGCAGGAGCAUGUGACUUACCAGAGUAUUGCACAGGGGCUUCGCCCUACUGCCCUUCCAACGUCUACCUGAUGGAUGGCUCCCUUUGCCAGAAUGGCCGUGCCUAUUGCUACAAUGGCAUGUGCUUGACACACGAGCAGCAGUGUCUGCAGCUGUGGGGGGCCGGUAGGCCUGCAUUCUCCCUCCCCUCCCUUCCCUUCCCUUCCCCUCUCACCCCAAGACACAUGGUGUAUGUGCAUCCGCCAGCAUCGUUUGGAAUCUGGGAUCCAGUGCAUCUGUGUGUCUUCUGUCUUCAGGUGUGCAUCAAUCACCAUUGCCAGAACAGAUCCUUCAGUGAGCUGAUGAACUGCCUCGCUCGCUGCCACGGACACGGGGUGUGCAACAGCAACCAGAAUUGUCACUGUGACCGAGGUUGGGCCCCACCCUUCUGUGACAAGCGAGGUCUGGGGGGGAGUGUGGAUAGCGGGCCCAUGCAGUACCACGACCAACAGGGCCUAGUGGUGGGCCUUUUCUUGACCUUCCUGGUUCUGAUACCUGGUGUCCUGGUCCUGUUCUGGUGCUGGAAGGUGAAGGCUCCUUUCUUCCACACGUGGCUGACUCAGAGGCUGAUCAGAAACGACAUUUCGGGCCAGUCGGUUAAUAAUGGACAUCAGAACCUCUCACUGCAACUUGGAAUAACUGAAUCCUCAAGUAAAACCAGCAAAUCCAAGGAGUCUCACACCACAAAGGAGAACCUUCCCUUGAGGCCUGUAACAGAAUCCAGCCUCAUCCAGCCCAGCAGAAGAGCUGACCAGCAUUGGGCCUCCGGUCAAGCCCAAACGACCCCCUCUUCAGUGGGAAAGUUGUCCUCCAUUCAGUCCCAGUCACCAGCCCCUGCACACAGUUUCACCACACCCAAAAAGUCUGGGGGGUCCCAGCCGAGACGUCCACCUCAGCGACCCCCGCCCCCGAGAAUCUCCCCCAUCUGCCUCCAGGUCGUACCUUCUAAAGCUGUCAGUAACAUGCGAUUGGAGGCUGGGCUCCUGUACCCCAUAGACUCCAGGCUCAGUCUGCAACCCUGCCCUGCCCAGAUAGCACCAUGUUAUUGUUUCAAUGUUGAAUUAUACUUAAAUGCGUUGAAUUAUGGUCAGUGUUAAAUUAUCAACGUUGAAACUAAAUUGAUUUUUGGUCAGAUUUUCAAUAUUGAAAAAUUAAUGGUGGUAAAACCUUGAUUCAAUGUUGAUAUAAAGUGGAAGAUUGAAGAUCAACGUUGUUUCAACGUUUUUGUCUGAUAUGGAAUCAAUGGCAUUUCAACAUAUGUGUGCCGUCUGGGUGGAUAAGUGUUAAAAAUAGCAGACAUAAGCACAUACAAAAUGUUAUAACCACUGUUAUGAUUGUAUAUCUAUACUCAUGCAUGUCUUUGAAUCCGCAGUUUUUCCUCUAUUUUAUAUAUAUAUUGAAAUAUUCAGGAAUGUUACUAGAGAUUUAUGAAAGGGUGGGGGCUAAGCCUUUAUUAGGGGAGUCUUAUUGUAAUGAAAAUGCAUGGGAACACACCAUUUAAACUAGAGAUGAGUCAGCAUUGUUCAAUUUCUGAAUAUUCUAGAAUUAUAUUAGUAAAAAAAAAAUAAUCUUAAAAUUUAAUAAUAAGCUAUUAUAAAUAAUAUUAGCAGUAUAAUUAGUUGUGAUUUAUAUAUGGUUGAGUCGGCUGGCACAGCUUUCAGCAACAAGUCUAAGAGAAUCUGAUUAUGCUAAGUAGUGUAUAUUUAUUUGGGGGGGGGGGGUUAAAGACACCCCUGUAAUUACUAAUUCUUGUUUUUUUUCUCAGAAGAAUUUCCCCUGAAAGGCAUGUAACAGUUCUAUGAACAGUUAUCAUAUUAACAAUAAAGGCUGAUUAGCAAUUUUGUGGAGAGGAUUGUUGGAUCCCUUGUCUUUUGUGGUGAUGUCACAACUGAAGUAAAAUCACAAAUUCUCUAUGGAGACUGGGGGAGAAUUCAGUUUGAGCCCAGUGUAAUGUUGUGCCCUAAAGGCAUCAGUGUCAUGUGUACAUGUCGAUGCACAUUAUCCCCUUUUCGUUUCAAAGUUUCAUUCUCUGGAGGAAAGAACUGCAGUAACAGCUCUCUCUCUUUUUUGUCU